AGCUUUUGUUGUAGCACGACUAGUUGCUAGGUAACCAAAUAAGUAGAACUCUCCUGUGAAUGAGUUAAUAGUCAUCAGUAGUUUCACUAUAAACAUGGCGUCAUUCUUAAAACUGCAGAGUUCUCUUUAUUUGUUACGUCUUACUGGUCAGUCAUGGUUGCCAAGACAUUCUUCCAGCUUUACGGCAGCACAGGCCAUUGUUCAGAAAUCCAAAAAUCCUCGGCUAAAGCCCGCUUCAGAUGAGCUGGUCUUUGGCAGGUACUUCACUGACCACAUGCUUGAAAUUGAAUGGACGGCUCAAGGCGGUUGGGAAAAACCCCAAAUCACACCAUUUCACAGCCUCUUAAUGCAUCCCGCAGCUAAGGCACUACACUAUGCCGUUGAGCUUUUUGAAGGAAUGAAGGCUUACCGCGGACUUGAUAAUAGAAUUCGUCUCUUCCGACCCAUGGAAAAUAUGAAUCGAAUGAACAACAGUGCUCAAAGGGUUUCUCUUCCUACAUUUGAUGGCAGAGAAUUAAUAGAAUGUAUUAAAAAAUUGGUUUCCAUUGAUGCUGACUGGGUUCCUUCAACUCCUGGUGAUACUUUAUAUAUUCGACCUACAUUAAUUGGCACCGAGCCAACUUUAGGUGUGAGCCCACCCAACAAAGCCUUAUUAUUUGUCAUUGCUUCUCCUGUUGGACCCUAUUUUCCUACAGGCAUAAAACCAGUUACCUUAAUGGCUGACCCCAGAUACGUUCGAUCAUGGCCAGGAGGUCCUGGGGAAUAUAAAAUAGGAUCGAACUAUGCUCCCACGUUAUUGCCACAAGUUGAAGCUUUUCAGCAGAAUUGCCAGCAAGUUCUCUGGUUGUUUGGAGAGGAUCACCAAUUGACAGAAGUUGGCACCAUGAAUCUCUUCAUCUAUUGGAUUAACGACGACGGAGAGAAAGAACUAAUCACACCUCCUCUCAAUGGACUCAUCUUACCUGGAGUCACCCGGAGAAGUCUUUUAGAAUUGGCCCGUGGUUGGAAUGAAUUCAAAGUAUCUGAGAAGGAGGUUAACAUGAAAAAGUUUUUGACAGCGCUGAAAGAAAAAAGGAUAAUAGAAGUUUUUGGUGCUGGAACUGCUUGUGUUGUCUGUCCAGUUGAAAGAAUCCUGUUUAACGAAGAAAAAUUUGCAUUACCAACAAUGGACAAUGGUGCUGAGCUAACGAACCGUUUUCUGUCAACUCUCAUGGAUAUCCAGUUUGGCAGAGUGGAACAUAAAUGGUCUGAGAUUGUUGAGUAACAAUGAUGUCUACAUUGAAAGCAGAUUCAUUGUUGUGGUAGAUAUUUUCCAACUAACCAAUUCUCAAUCUGCAGUCUUCGUUUACUCCAAUGAUGUGUCCCUUGGUUUAAAUAGAUUGUUUUUUAAUUAUUGUUUCUUUUGAUUACUUUCCUGGUUCUGUCAUAGAAAAAAAUAACAUUGCCACUGGCCUGGGCACAAUUUUACUGUUACCAACUAAAUUACACGCACGCAUACACACCUGUCUAUUUUUAAAUGAAAACAGUUUUUUAAUUAUAUUACGUGAGUCUAAGAGACACGUCCAAUUAGAUUAAUUACACAUUUUUUCACCCAUAGUACAUGUAAUUCAUUUGUUAACAAGUUACAAAACUUAUUUCACAAUUGCAAUUGAUUACAUAUCAGUUUUGCUUGCUCACAUUCAAAAUUCUGAGUAAAAGCACUGAACUCACAGAACUGCACAAAAGACUGCUGUUAGCUAAUUAUGGUUUCAAUUAAAUUUUUUUUUUUUAUUAUGCAUUCAUUUUUAUGGGGUUUCUUUUUAGUUCCUAAUUAUAGUUUUGUCACUGAAAUUCAAAAUAUUCCCAUCAUGAUUUUACUUUUCUGUAUUAAUGAUGAUGAAAUUUAGUUUAAUUGUAUCCCUAGUAACACUUAACAGAAAUAUGCAAUGCAAUAUUGUGGGAUAUUAGAUACAAUAUCAUCUACAACAACGUAAGCUAUUGUUUAGUAUUCCUUCUUUCUGUGUGUAUAAAGACAUGAAACAACAGCAAAUCAUAUGCCUACAGAUAUUAAGCAAAAUGCAAAAGAAUUUUGUGCAGUUUCUAUACUUAUCAUGAAAGAGCACGUCAACACAUUGGUCGUUUGCUUACGCAAUUAAUAAUACGUGACAUUAGGGUAAAGGAGUUGCUCUUUGCUUGAUUAAUUACAUAUAAUUUAAUAUUCAAAUUAAGUAACGAUGAUCAGUAAAUUCACAUCCACUGAUUUUUACCUCCUCUUUUUAAAACUUAUUGUUCACCUGAAUUGUUCUCGACUUAUUUUUACAUAUAUAUUGACAAACUUAACUAAUUUUUACUUCACAUAAGUGAACUUCUUGUCUUCAUUUUAUUUAUCCUCUUUUUCUAUCAAAAAUGUUGUCCACAUAAUCCAAAUUCCAGUAGAACAAACAGCCAAGGAGUAAAAGACUUUCCUAAGCCAUUUUAUGUCUUCGAUAUGUAAAGGUACUGUCAGUUUUAGUCUUCCAGCAUUGCUUUGUUUAAUAAUAGAAAUAUCAUGUUAUUUCUAAAUACACCGCUGAACCAAAGUGUUACAAACUUGUUCCGCAUGAUUAUUCAAAGAUGGUUGAGGAAUAACACCAAAUAUGUCCAUUUGUUCAUUUAUGCAAAGAAAAAAAAAAUCAUGAAACAUCUCCAUUUCUUUCAACCCCACCCCCUACCCCCACUUACCUCCAUAUUCCAAUCAGUGUCACAUAUCAAAUAUUGAUCUCUUUUGAACCAAAGGUUAGUGGUUAUCAUUGGUAUUUCAGAAAUUAGGGCUAGGUUUAAAAACUUAUAUUAUGUGUUUCCAAACAUUAUUGAAGAAUAGCUUGGUUUUGUUGUUUGUUUUUGUCAAAAUCCACAAAAAAACAAAAAAAAAAAGUCUCCUGAUAAGAUAUAAAUUUUUUCUGCUGAUAAAAAGGAAUCAAGAUCCUUUGAGAGUUCUUGAGGCCUUAUUUUCGAAGUAGUAUUUUUUUAUAUUUUCUGAUAAGAUGAAGGUAGUGUGGUGUUGACAGUGAUCAAAAUAGCUUGGAAACAAAGCAUCAAGUAAUAUAUAUAUAUAUAUAUAUCAGGCUGAGUAAAAUGUUAGCAACGUUUUGAAACACAAAAUUCACCACAAUAAUGUGGAAAUUUUAUUCAUCAAAGUACCAUUACAAUCAACACAUUCUUGCCAACAAGUUUCGAGUUUGUUUAUUUUGGUAACAUAAAAAUCUGAAGUACUGGAGAUGAUGAAAUGCAUUUUCAGCAUCGAUUUGAUUUUUGAACUCCUUCUCUCAAAGGAAAUCAUCAAAGUGCUUGAAAAAGUGGUAGUCAGUAGGAGAAAGGUCUGGGGAAUAAGCUGUGUGGGGAAGAACUUCGUAGCCAAUUUCCCUCAACUUCUGGAGCAUCAUUAGUGAAACGUGUGGUCGAGCAUUGUCAUGAAGAAUGAUUGGCCCUCUUCUGUUGACCAGAGGAGCAGCAGUUUUUCAUUCAUUUUGGCAGUAUGUUUCUACAGUAACAGUUUUUCCAGGUUUUAUAGUGGAUGAGUCCAGCAGUACACCACCAAAUGGUCACUAUAACCUUCUUUUUGAAGAGCUCGGGUUUAGGGAAGGUUUUUGGUACUUCAUUUUAGUCGAACCACUGCGAAGAACGAUUUUUACUAUUGUUAUAUGGUUGAGAAAUGGAUCAGUCUGGUUACAAAGUAGAAGCGACAAGCAAAUUUCAUAUCUGUGCAUUUUGUGAUUUUCAUCCAAAUCAUGUGGUACCCAUUGUCGAAUUUUAUCGAUUUUCUGAGCACAGUUUUCUGGCUAACUUGAAGUGCUGUUGCCAGUUCUCGAGUGGCUUUACGUGGAUCUUUCUCAAUGACAGUCUUUAAUUGACCGUCAUCGAUGACAGAUGGGCGUCCAUUACGCUUACGAUCUUCAAGGCUCAGGUCUCCACUGUUAAAUUGUUUAAACCAUUUUUGAGCUGACUACUCACUGGAAACAUUUGAAUGAAACUACAAUGAAAUAUUUCCUCACCAAACGUUUCAUUGAUAUUGCGAGCAGUUUCAGCUGCUUUAUGUCCUUUUUUGAAGUUGAAUAGCAAAAUGGCUUGAAUAUCGCACUUUGAGAGUUCCAUUUCAAAUGAUUGUAACAACGGUGAAAAAAAAUAUCAAUGUUAAUUUAUUGAUGCAUUUGAGCAUGUCUAUGUUUGUAUUAUCAGACACUUAGAAAAAAGAUUCAAAACUGUGAAAAUCUGGUACAGAUUCAUGGUUCAAAACAUUGCUUGCUUUUUACUAAACCUGAUAUAUAUAUAUAUACAUACACACACAUAUAUUUAUAUACACACAUGCACAUAUUUAUAUUCACACACACACACACACACAUAUAUAUAUAUAUCUGUAAAUAUAUGUGACACUUAUUCAGUAGCCAUGAUAAAACUCCGAGUUUUUUUCACAGGAAUUUUCAAUGGCUGGAUAACUGAAGAGAUGUUGGUGUGGACCUCCCACCCUGGCAUCCGAAACUCGGAGUUUUAUCACGGCUACUGAAUAAGUGUCACAUAUUUUUACAGAUAAAUUCCUCUAUUUGCAUAAUAU